AUGCGGCCACGUAUCGUCAACAUCAAGAGCGCCUUCGUCUCUCAGGUGUUGCCCCUCAGAGAAGUCCAACCACAAAGGCCGCAAGUUGAGAUUCACCUCUCCCUAAGAGAUACACUGAAUAUCUUGGGGGAGGGUCCAUACCGAGGCCAAACUUUAAUGCGUCAAUGUUGCUAUGAGCAGAAUACCAUCUCCAUGGAUCCCAUGUUGAUGGAUCCCUCACAGGAAGGUCACAGGGAAUACGUCAACCGAGAGGUCCACCAGGCCCUCCAAGAAAACAUGCACAUGGAUCCCUCGUCAGCAGAGAAGGCAUGCCCGAAAGUUGCUAGCACCAUUAUAGAAUUGGUCGAGACGACCAACCGCAGCCACCCUUCGUUUGGCACUAUCUCGUUGGCCAUCUAUAUAGAUUGCUCAAUGGCGAGAUUUGGCGGAGAGCAUGGCGGACCCAUUGGUGAACAUGGCUACAGACGGCUUCUCCGACGCGAGUCCGAGAUCUGUUCUCUAUGCCAACGUCGUUUCAGUUCAAGUUGGGAGAUCGCCGUCACUACAUGUCACCAUGCAUACCACAGAGAAUGUAUCUGCCAAUGGUUUGACAAUAGCUCAAGCUCCUGUCCAAUCUGCCAAUUGGACUUGGCUUUGAUGGUCCACGGCCCACUUCGAUUGGAACCGUAG